CCCAAGCUGAGCAGCAGCUCUCCGUCUGAUUGGCUGAGAAGAGCUCAAGCUCCGAGUGGAGGCAAAUGAUGCCAGAGUGCUCAGGCAGUGCAUGGAGAGGGAUGCAUGCAGGGGACGUUGGCGACACGGACAGCGCACUGUUAUGUGCUUUUGCAGCGCGUUUCUAAGCAGCUUUGCAACUUUCAAGCACACGUCUGAUGCGCGUCCAGUCCCGUGCGGAGCAGCUUAGGUGUGAUGUUUUGGCUGCGUGUUGCACAAGCCCUGCUCCCGCUCCCGCUCAGUUCCACUGCCGCCGACACAUCCUCCCUGGAGUGAUGGGCUCCAAGUUAACCCGACAAAGAAGUCUGGAUUUUGAGAGCAAAUUGACCAAAAGGAGACACCAGCGGAAUGAUCUGCCCAAAGAGGACGAGAGAAGUGGCGGCAGGAGCGGCGGAGACUUCUUGUUUACAUCCCUGAUGCUCAAGUCCGACAAGCUGCCGGGGAUGCUGCGGAAAACCAACCAGAGCCCGUAUGUCAAACGGGUGGCCUGGGUCCGGGAGAUCCAGAGGAUGCUCCGGGAGCACAAGACUGAGCAAGCAGGUGAAGUGCUCAAACUACUGAGGAAGGAUUUGGGACUGAAGGGAUCAUCACUGAACGACAUUUUGUACAAGAACGCAGCUUUUCUCAACCUGGUGGACCCCAUUUCUCACGAGCUGCUGCUCAGUCUCGCCCGGGACCUGCAAUGCCCCAAACGGGAGACUGAGUCACUCAAAUCCACCAACAAGAUCUGCCGCCAGCUGAUUUACCACUUGACCCCUCACUCCAAGUGGACUAAACAGAGCGUGCCCAGAAGGAAGUCCCAGGCAUGUCUGAAGACCACCCUGAAGAAGCGUCUGUCCAGUGACGUGGUGAACCUGUCAGGAAUCCCGCUGUCCGGACGCGACGUCCACCGCGUGGCCUUCUACCUGCAGACCUGCAGCGAGGCAGUGUCGGCUGUGGACCUGAGCUUCACCGAGCUGCAGGACGACACCUUACGUCUGCUGCUGCCCUUCCUCAGCUGCCUGCCCAAACUGACCACGCUAGCCGUCAACGGCAACCGCCUCACAGUCGCCAUACUGAAAGACCUGACGGAGACGGUGAAGGACCCCAGAAAGUUCCCCAGUCUGGCCUGGAUCGACAUGGGCAACAACGUGGACAUCUUCACCGUCCCGCAGCCGCUGCUCGUGGCCCUGCGCCGCCGCUUUGGUUUGCGCAGCAGCCUGCCCACCAUCUAUGAGUACAGCGAGGCACAGGCGUUUGGUAGCUACAACCCAAACAUGGAGACAUCUGUGGAGGAGCCCAGUCUGUAUGAGGAGGGGGAUGCAGAGGAAGACGAUAGAGUGGAGGAGGAGGAAGACGAGGAGGACAGACUGGAGCUUCGAGCCUGGGGCUUCAGAGAGGAAAACAUGUCAAAGAAUGUGCCUCUCCACUUCUGUGGGAGGUGAUCGCCCAGGGCGGCUUUCUUUUAGACUGGCAGCCUCUUGUGUCCUCAAGUCUAGCCUGCUCUGCUAGAGUGGCAGGAGAUGCUGAUGGUGACCCACACGUUUCUGAAAAUAACUUUAAAAUGAGUAACCAUGUUGUGUGUCCCUGUGGACGCUCUGAACACUGCAGACAGCUCUGUGCUUUUACAGUCAGUAAGAAUAAAUUUGUACACUGAUUUAAUCUUUAUUUAUCCAGGGAGGUUUAGCUGAACAGGCUUAUUGUUUUCCAGUGCAACGUGAUUGUAAAACUGGGAGAUUUCAUGUAAAGACUCUCCCAGUUUUCCAAAACUGUCCACUGGAGCCGCUUGGGAGUUAAGUGCCUUAAACAUGGGCACAUCAGGAGGAGCUGCUGAAGAAGACAGGAUCAUUACAUGGAUUUUUACUUUAUGUAGGCCUAACGCUUCUGGAAUCAAGGACAAAUAUAAACCUGGCGCUGUAAAUAUAUUACAACUUUCCAAUUAAAAGCCCCUUUAUUUAUUUCCCGUCUCAGCAAACCCAGAAAUGUGCAGUAAUUUUAAUACCUCAAAACAAUGCAUUUUCAUCUGCAGAUAACAAAAAAAGAAUAAAAUAGAAAAUGCAGACUUUGGAAAUAAAAUUGGGGAAGACAAUAGAAAAAAUAAGAAUUAAGAGAAAGGAAGGCUAAAGGAAUAGAUACAUAUAAACAUGGAUUUUCUUCAAAAAUAAAUACUUAAAAAUUACCAAAAGCAUCCAUAAGACCAUAAAACCAGACGUAAAAGAAACUCAUUGAAAAAAAUAAGUAGAUAAACUAGAACAUGUAAAACUAUUACUAUUUUUCACUAGCCAUUUAUAUAUUUUUACCAUUUUUUUCAUCCCAUACUUUACCCUACAUGGGACUCCUCAAAGUCAGCUUUCUUGUCAAUUUGCUACGUUUGUCAAACUUGCAGCUAAUUUGAGAAUUCGAUCCUGAUAAACACACAGUGUGACACACAAUACGCAACAUCUAAAGGAAAGCGCCAUAACAACAAGCAGCAACAUUAAAACAGAUGAAAUCUGUUCAGUGAGUUUUCAAAGAUUGUCUACAAUGUAUCAGUUGUUUGCUAAAAAUCCGCCAAAAAUUAAUGUUUAACUUCUCGUAAUGCCAUGAAACUUUCUGCUGAGCCCUGCGGCUUCCCGGAGAUUCUUCUGAUGCCUCAGAUAUUUUUCAACUUGACUUCAUUCCAGAUAGCAACAAAUUAACACCAAGCAAAUCUUUUGAAACAAGAUCACACACUGAUGGUGUUUGGCAGAGACUUUUUGCUAUUAAAUGGAGCGAACUGUAGAUCUGUGACAGAGACUUCUCUCCCAGCACAGGGCAGAGGAAGGAUACCAGAAUAUUUUUGUAUUGUUUUGAGGUGGCGAGAAGCAUAGCAAAACUUUCCCAUUUUAAUGUCUAAGAAAGCUGAUCAGGAGAGUCUUGCAAAAGAAACAACAGCGUCAACAAUUAUUAUGUUCUAAUGGUCGUAGGGACAUUUGUAUAAAGGUUUAAUGGCCACAGGUCCUAAAACUGGAUUUGGCAAAAUAUG